AUGAUAAAGUAAUAAAAAUAAAUUCUAAUUUUAAACUACAUCACCAUAAUUUUUUGGUAGAAAAAUUUUUGGAAGAACUAUUUAGGUGCCAAAUUUAAGUAUAGAGUAAUGAUACUAAUACUAUAAAUUAAAAGGAAUUAUAGAUAUAUUUAGUAAAGGUUUUAAUCAUUAAAUAAUUGCAAUAAUUUUAAUAAAUUAAAGAACUAUUUUCUCAUCAACAAUUAUAAUAAGAAAACCUUUAUUAAAUUCAUAGUGAUGAAUAUGAUAAAGAAGUUUUUUGGUUAUAAAUUGAUGAAUUAAAAGUAUCUUACUUUAAGAGACAAUAAAUUAAAACACCUAUGA